ACAAACAAUUUGAUUUUAGGAUGUCGAUUCUGUUUGCUUGCAUUAAAGUAUGAAAGAACUAAAUCCUACAAAUUGUUAUGUUAUAAAUAUUUAUUGAAAUGUCGAAGGAAAACACUAACUUGCGUCUUCUAGGUUCUCCAGUAAAUCUUUCAUAUAGAAGUAAGAAAAAGGACGAUAAAAAGAACAUACGAAAUCGACCCCGUUCUGCUCUUCAAAGUUCUUGUGUCACACCGGAAAAUCCAGAAAGAUUCAAGCGGCCUUUUUCUGCAGACACUAAAGAGCGGGCAGGGACUACUAGAUCUUUCUUAAAAUCAUUCAGUGCUGAUUUACUUCAAUCUUAUAACAAUGCUUCAAAUAAUUUAAAAAUAGUUCCACCGACAACAGUCUUACUUGGUGAUACUAAACCAUAUGAAAAUCUGAAAGUUAAAGGCAAUAAAGAAACUUGUAGUAACGCCUCAGACUAUGGCUCAGAAGAUACAUUUAUUAGUUUAGGUACUAAGAUAAAAACUAAAGCUCAAACACCUAAAAAAAAUACAAACACAAAAGCAUUGAAAUACAGAAACAUAGCUAAGAAGGGACGUAAAAUGGAACAACCAACAGAUGAUGAUAAAGGAAGUGAACAUUAUGGUUUAGAAGUCACUAUUAAGGAAAGAGCAAAGUCUCAGUCCCCAUGUAGGGAUAUUGAUGCAUUUUUUCACCGUAGUUCAUCACCUUUCAAGAAAAGAGCCUUCGAAUCAUAUUUCGUACCUCUUGAGGAUAUAAAAACUAACCAUACUAAUUUAAAUGAACGUCAAUCCCUCGAUACUAAUGUUCCAUUAGACAUAGAGAAGACAGAUACAUACUCAAGACGAUUACCUUUAACUAAACAACAAUUAUCUUUAGUAGAGGAAGAGUCUACACAAGAUCUUGACAGUAAUCUACCAAGUUUAUCACCAGAAACGUCAUUUAAUGAUAAACACCGAAAUCCAAAACAAGAUUUUACUCUCCUUAAUGUUAAGAAGCAUACAGAGAAAGGCGAAGAGUACACAAGAAAUACACAGAACUUCUCUAAUGAAUCAAAAACAUAUAGAAGCUUUUAUGAAGACUUCAAUAACCAUGAAAACCCGUUUAGAAAUAAUUUUUCAAGUACUAUUAUUAAUACAGACUCAUCAUCUAAGGAUUCUGGCUACCCUGAAAGUGUUAUGAAAGAUGAUAAAACUUGUGUACAAAACUAUUCACUACCACCUGCAACAAUACUUAGAAAAGCUAAUUCUGAUAACAACUUACACAAUCAACCUAAAAGUUUAGAUAGUGCAUCUAGUGAAAGUCAUGAAAAAAAUUAUCAGAACACCUAUCCGCCUGAUAAAAAGUGGUCGGAGACUCUAAAUCAUAGCCGUUUGCUGUACAAAGACUUCUUUUUAAAGAAGGAGGGACACUUAGCAGUCCCACCACAGAAUUCACCAGAUAGACCCGGCUUAAUAAAUAAAAAGAGUGAAGCAAAUUAUGCAAAUACAAAUUUAAAUGAUAAUGUUGAGCGAGAGAUUAGUGAAUACCCAAAAUAUUUACUAAAUAGUAGCACAAAAGCUUACACGUCUAAAGUAAUUGAAGAUUAUAAAAGAGAAAUAGAAGCAAUUAACAAUUUACAUGAACUUACACUAAAAGACAUAAAAACAGAGACAAUAUCACCUACACCUCUACACAUUGAAACGAUGUACGAACAAUCUAAUAAUCAUUAUGAAGAUAAACAUAAUUCCAUUGAAAGUUCUCAAAAUAGUUACGAAACGAAGGAGUCGCCCGUCGAAGACAAAACAAAUAACCAAACGGAUAUUUCAAAAGUAACCACAAGAGAACUGAUCAAUAAUUAUUUUAAAAUAAAACACGAUUAUCCUAAGGGGACUAAAGAAAACGUGUUAAAAAAUCUAAAGAAAUUUGAGAAGAAACUAAACAACCUGAAAUCUGAUAACAAAAGUUCUAAGUUAGAUUGGAAAAACAAUAAAAGUAAUAUUAGACCCGGGCAAGAAGCAGUCAAACAUCAAUCACCAAAAAACAUUUUCACAACAAAAAUUCCUCUAAGCUCUAGAAUAGAGAGUGUACAAAAUGACAAAGAUGUGGAAUCAUGGAUUUCUCUAUCAGUUCCAACGCCGAGAACUAUGGAUGCCGUAGAUAAUGUAGAAACUUUAGCAGAAGUGCCUAAAGAACACUCGAGAACUGCGACACCAGAAGAAGUAACAGUACCAGUUCCAGUAACAAUUGAAGAAAAACCUACAACUAACAUUACGCCAAGAGAAGAAAUCAAAGCAAAAGAAUUGGAUUCCAAAGCAACAGUACUAGAUAUUUAUUCUAUGUUGAAAGAAAUUGAAAGUUACGGUGAUAAUCCUGUUACGACAGUUACAAAUGUCGAGGAAAAUAAAGAAGAGGUGCCUAAAGAAGAAAAUAGAGCUUCAACGCCGAAAGAUAAUUUCAUGGAAAUUUUCGAAUUCUUAGAAAAAGUUGAACAGAGUGCAAACGAUGCUUUAUCUGUAGUUACGAAUUCAGCACCACAAAAUACACCAAAGUUAGAGGUACUUCUGAAGCUGCCACACACGGAGUUGGCACAGCGAGUAGUGACCUCGGCUUUGCAACUUGAGGAGCGAUCUUGUUGCAUCGCAUUGCUGCAGGAAAGCCUGGCUAAUCACAAGCAACAGAUGAUUACAAAAGUGAGCAAUCUGGAAAAGCAAUCUCAACGGAAUAUAAUGAAAGUGAAACAAGAGUGUGAUGAAACUAUAAAACGGCAUCAGAAUUUUAUAGACCAGCUGAUUAACGACAAGAAGACGUUAAACCACCGGAUAGAGCAGCUUGUGGAUGAGCGGCGGUCGCUGGAGGAGCGCUGGAAGAGGUCCGUGCAGACGUUGGAGGAGCGCUACAAGUUGGAGCUACGCAACCAGCACGACAAGAUGGCUGCCGCGCAGCAGGUUGCUAGGCAACGAUGGGUUCGACAGAAAGCUGAGAAAAUAAAGGAGUUAACGGUAAAAGGUCUAGAAGGAGAACUAAGAGAGAUGGCAGAACGCCAGCAGAAGGAGUUAUCCGACGUGAAGAUGGCGCACGCGGAGCAGCUCGGCAAGAUGCAGGCGAAGCACGCCGCGGACAUGGAGAUGCUGCGGAGGACAUUGGAGGAGGAGAAGGAAGACGCCCUCGUGAAGGAGAGACAGCUGGCCAGCUCCAGACUAGAGAAGCAGAUGUUGGAGGUAGAGCUGACGUACCAGGAGCAGCGCUCGCGGCUGGUGGCGGAGCUGCGCGCGGAAGGGGAGCGCAACGCCACGCUCCUCGCGGACAGGGAACGACAACAGAGGGAAGACAUCGAGAAAUGGAAAGAAGAACAAGAGAAUUUGUUGCAAAAGAAACGCGAGGAUUUGGAUGAAGAGAUCACCGAAGAGAAAUCGAGAAUUGAGGAACUAUUAACACAAAAACGCGUUGAACUGGAAGAAGAGUUCGAGCGAUACAAGAAGGACUUUGAAGCUGAGCAGCAGGUUGUGUUAAAAAAGAAGGUGACGGAGAUAUCCGCGCAGCACAAGUUAGAGCGGGACAAGGAGAUAGAGAAGGCAAUAGAGAGCAUGGAGGCCGAGGCGCAAGCGGGAAGGAGAGAGCUGCAAGAAGCUCUAAGAAGGAACAAGGAGCAGUACGAGACGGAGUUGAAGGAGCUCGGGCAGACGGAGCAGGCAACACUGCGCCGGUACCAGGAGGCGCAGGCGCGUGUGCGACACACAGAGGAUAGAUGCGCUGAAUUAGAAGUGACCAUCGGCCAGUUGGAAGCAAGGAAUAAAGUACUUACAGAGAAAAACAUCCAACUGGACACGCAAGCGGAGGCGGUGCGCGCGAGCUGCGAGGCGGCGUGGCGCGCGCGGCUCGACGCACUUACCAGGGACGCAGAAGACACGCGGAACAAACACGACGAACAGAUGCAUCAGUUGUAUGCCAAGGUGAAAGUGGCAGUGGCGAAAAAGGAUUCCACAAUCCAGGCGUUGACGCGAGAGACCGCAAAGUACCAGGAGAAGAUAACUUUACUGGAGCAAAAACUGCAGCAGCAGAGGAAAGACUUUCUCAAACAGAAAUGAUUUAUGAAUUUCAUAAUUUUUAUAAGCGUUUUCUAAGUGCAAAGAAUCUGUCGAUUGUUUAUUUUGAUUUUGUGAUAAUUCGAGGAAUGUUUGUUUUUUGUUUCUAUUUUGUUCAUAUUUUAAUCUUAAUUAUUCCUUUUAUACUAAAGGUGAAAGUUUGCGGGCCACAUAAUGUUCGAAUAUCGAAAUGACCGCAACAAAUAACUAAUAAUUUUUCUACCUUUAAUGGUAGAAGGAAGUACGGAAAAAUAGAUGUUCCCUUUUUGCUAGUUAUCUCCGUCCCCUAAAUAUACUUUCCCUUUCUAUCCGUUCAUAUUAGAAACUCGCGGAAUAGAUUCUACCAAUGAAUUUGGUAUUUAUUUUAUAGGUUUUUGGUAUGUUCUUAUUGUUUUUAUUUAUAAUUUUGUAUGUUAUUUUAUAUGUG